UGCAACGGGGUUUUAUGCUGGAUCCGCAGGCAGCUGCCUUCCUCCUUCCCUGCAGCUGGCUCGCACUGCAGCGACUUCCUCCCGAGGCCUUGAGGCGCCAAAUCGGGAUUGGACGCCCCUGAGUUUCCUUGGAUCCGGUCGUGCGAAGCACCUUUUAGGGCAUUCCAGAAACAGGAACUACAAGGCUGAGUUUGCGUCAUGCCGCCUGGAGGCUGUGCCCUUGGAGUUUGGAGACUAUCACCCGCUGAAGCCUAUAACUGUCACAGAGUCAAAGACCAAGAAAGUGAGCCGGAAAGGCAGCACGUCUUCCACGUCCUCCUCGUCCUCCAGCUCUGUGGUGGACCCGCUGAGCAGCGUGCUGGAUGGGACUGACCCCCUCUCCAUGUUCGCAGCCACUGCUGAGCCCGCAGCCACGGACAGCUCUAGAAAGAGACGAGACAGAGAUGAGAACUCCAUCGUAGGAUCAGACUUUGAGCCCUGGGCUAGCAAACGAGGAGAAAUCCUUGCCCGGUACACCACCACAGAAAAGCUCUCCAUCAAUCUGUUUAUGGGAUCUGAAAAAGGCAAAGCCGGGACUGCCACAUCCGCAAUGUCAGAGAAGGUUCGCACCAGGCUGGAGGAGCUGGAUGACUUUGAGGAGGGAUCCCAAAAGGAGCUGUUGAAUUUGACUCAACAGGAUUAUGUGAACCGCAUAGAGGAGCUCAACCAGUCGCUGAAGGAUGCCUGGGCCUCGGACCAGAAAGUGAAAGCUCUAAAAAUAGUCAUCCAGGAUCAGCCUGUCAAUUUCUGUCCACUACCUGCACCCCUCCCCCUGAAGAACUGGGAUUUUGAUAGGGAUUGUGUUGACUUUACAAAGUUGGUUAGAUUUGCUGUCUUAACAGUGUGUUCAAAGCUUCUUUCGGACACAAGCGUUAUUCAGUUCUACCCAAGCAAAUUUGUCCUUAUCACCGACAUACUCGAUACAUUUGGAAAGCUCGUGUAUGAGCGCAUCUUCUCCAUGUGUGUGGAUAACCGCAGCGUCUUACCAGAUCACUUCUCUCCAGAGAAUGUAAAUGACACGGCCAAAGAAACAUGCUUAAAUUGGUUUUUCAAGAUUGCUUCCAUCAGGGAACUCAUUCCAAGAUUUUACGUGGAAGCAUCUAUCCUGAAGUGUAACAAGUUCCUCUCUAAAACGGGGAUUUCAGAAUGUCUGCCCCGGUUGACUUGUAUGAUUCGCGGAAUUGGAGACCCACUGGUGUCAGUGUACGCCAGGGCCUAUCUGUGCCGGGUGGGAAUGGAAGUGGCUCCACAUCUCAAAGAAAGCCUGAAUAAGAACUUUUUUGAUUUCCUCCUCACAUUCAAACAGAUUCAUGGGGAUACAGUCCAGAACCAGCUGGUGGUCCAGGGAGUGGAGCUUCCAUCCUACCUGCCCUUGUACUCGCCUGCUAUGGACUGGAUCUUCCAGUGCAUUUCCUACCACGCCCCAGAGGCUCUGCUGACUGAGAUGAUGGAGAGAUGCAAGAAACUAGGAAACAAUGCCUUGCUGUUGAAUUCUGUGAUGUCAGCUUUCCGGGCCGAGUUCAUCGCCACAAGGUCCAUGGAUUUCAUUGGCAUGAUUAAAGAGUGUGAUGAGUCGGGUUUCCCCAAGCAUCUUCUUUUUCGCUCAUUGGGGUUAAACUUAGCCUUGGCUGACCCUCCUGAGGGUGAUCGACUCCAGAUUCUCAAUGAAGCUUGGAAAGUCAUCACUAAAUUGAAGAAUCCACAGGACUACAUUAACUGUGCUGAAGUGUGGGUGGAGUACACCUGCAAGCAUUUCACGAAACGAGAGGUGAAUACCGUUCUGGCUGAUGUCAUCAAGCACAUGACUCCAGAUCGUGCCUUUGAAGACUCCUACCCUCAGCUUCAGUCAAUAAUUAAGAAAGUGAUCGCGCACUUCCAUGAUUUCUCCGUUCUUUUCUCGGUGGAAAAAUUUUUGCCAUUUCUGGACAUGUUCCAAAAAGAGAGUGUGCGGGUGGAGGUUUGCAAAUGCAUCAUGGAAGUUUUUAUCAAGCAUCAGCAAGAGCCUACAAAGGAUCCUGUCAUUCUGAAUGCCCUUUUGCACGUCUGCAAGACCAUGCAUGACUCUGUGAAUGCACUCACUCUUGAGGAUGAGAAAAGAUUGCUGGCAUAUUUGAUUAAUGGAUUUAUAAAAAUGGUUUCCUUUGGCCGUGACUUUGAACAACAGCUAAGUUUUUAUGUUGAGGCUAGGUCAAUGUUUUGCAACCUGGAACCUGUUCUUGUGCAAUUGAUUCACAGUGUAAACCGGUUGGCAAUGGAAACAAGAAAAGUAAUGAAAGGAAAUCAUUCCAGAAAGACGGCUGCCUUUGUCCGGGCCUGUGUUGCCUACUGCUUCAUCACCAUCCCCUCCCUGGUGAGCAUUUUCACACGACUCAACCUCUACCUGCAUUCUGGUCAGGUUGCCUUGGCCAACCAGUGCCUCUCCCAAGCUGAUGCCUUUUUCAAAGCCGCUAUUAGCCUCAUUCCAGAAGUUCCAAAGAUGAUUAAUAUUGAUGGAAAGAUGCGACCAUCGGAAUCAUUCCUUCUGGAAUUCCUCUGCAAUUUCUUUUCUACUUUAUUAAUAGUUCCGGAUCAUCCUGAGCAUGGAGUCUUGUUUCUUGUUCGUGAGCUUCUUAACGUGAUCCAGGACUACACCUGGGAGGACAAUGGUGACGAUAAAAUCCGCAUCUACACCUGCGUCCUGCACCUCCUAUCCGCCAUGAGCCAGGAGACCUAUCUCUACCACAUAGACAAAGUUGACUCCAAUGACAGCCUCUACGGGGGAGACUCCAAGUUCCUGGCUGAAAACAACAAGCUGUGUGAGACGGUGAUGGCUCAGAUCCUGGAGCAUCUGAAAACCUUGGCCAAGGAUGAGGCUCUCAAGCGCCAGAGCUCACUGGGCCUUUCCUUCUUUAAUAGCAUCUUGGCCCACGGGGACCUGCGCAACAACAGACUCAACCAGCUCUCUGUCAACCUGUGGCACCUGGCACAGAGGCAUGGCUGUGCAGAUACCAGGACCAUGGUGAAAACUCUGGAAUACAUCAAGAAGCGAAGCAAACAACCAGAUAUGGGUCAUCUGACUGAGCUGGCCCUCAGGCUUCCUCUGCAAACAAGGACCUGACUGGUGCUUUGAAGCCAAGUCCAGAAAGACCUGCCUUGCUUUUUUUGUUUUAUUUUUACAUACACAAAUUGGUUUAAGCUUUGGCCUCUACCCAAAUUUUUGCGACAGUGGAGGAGGAAUUGUCAGAGCGUUAAAAUCCAAUCUUGUUCCUAAGAGUAGCAGUGUCUGUGCACAAGUGGCCUUCAGACUGGCCUUUAUUGAGAAACAAAAAUCCAAGUAACAUCUGUCACAUGUGUGUACUUUUUAUUUUUUUAAUUAGGAAAAGAACCUUGAAAAGGUGUUUACUUUUAAAGAGCCACUGUCCCCUAAUUUGAGGGCCUCAAGUCUGGAAUGUUGCCUAAACCACCACAGAUUUAUAAAAAGUAGAUGGUUCAAUUAACUUUUCUAUCAAAAGCAGCUCUUGACAGGACUUAGAAUAUACUGGUAUAUACCUAGCUCUCACCAACACAGAAGAUGUGGGUGCCAUGGCUCAGGCACACGUGGGCACCGCAGGACCACACAGCAGAAGGUGCACAGCUACUGUAUGUAACGUGUUAUGCACAAGCACCAUGAGCAGGUGACCCCAGGGCACCCACAGGAACUCCUGGGAAGAUGGCAGAGUAAGAAGGCCCUGAAUUAACCUCCUCCCACGGACACACCAGUGAUGCAACUACACAACAUGCAACUCACUGAGAAAAUGACCCAAAGACUUAGCAGAACAGCUCUUAUACAACUAGACACAAAAAGCUGCAGUGAGAAGGGCAGGAGGGGCAGAGUGUGGUCAAGCCUGUCACUGGGUGGGGUAUGCACCAGGAAGAUGAGUGCCCAUAUUGUCUAGUUGUGGAAAUCUGUGGGGCUUACCUCUGGGAGAGCCAGAAGGCUAUAGAAAACUGAGGCUUUACUCUUCAUCACUCUGAGAUCCAGCACCGAGGCAGCAGUUUGAAAAGAGCCUGGGUUAUGUAUACAUGAAGGAUAUUUACUAAUUUUCAGGCGUGUGCUAGGGGCAACAAUGUGUAGGAAUUUUCUCUGGGAAGGAAAGAGUUCACCGGUCCAACUUUCCUGCCCUCUUUUAGCCUACCUGGUCCAACACUGGUGGGUACCAGUUCUGGCACUUUCUAUCUACCCUGCUAGCACCAUUGGCACUGCCCAGGCAUUUCCCUUAGGACCCACCUUCCCAAAAGGCACAACUCCUGCCCACCAGUGCUCAUAGCAGCUGUGGCCAAGCCUCACUGCCAGUCUUGCCAGGGGCUAACCCCACCCAUCAGUGCCCAAACAAGCCACACAGGGGACAUGUCUGGAGCACCUGCUUCUGGUGGCCGGGGCAGACUGUAGUACUGGCCCCACAGGAUGCCUUCCACAUUAGGCCACUACCUUCAAGACUAGAUGUAGCUGAUCUAAUACAUAUAAACAUGGAGUAUGUUCCAAACAACCAAAACAAAACCUCAAAAAAGAACCAGAGAUAAACAAUCUACCUGAUAAGAGUUCAAAGUAACCACCUAUCAUAAAGAUGCUAGGUGGACUUGAAUUCAGUGAGGACUUUAACAAAGAGCUAGAAAAUAUAAAAAAGGACCAAUGAGAGCUGAAUAUAAUAAAUGAAAAAAUCACCUUCUAGCGAAUCAACAUCAAAUCAGAGGGUGCAGAAAAAUGAAUCAGCAAUCUGGAACACAGGGUAUUAGAAAUCAAGGUAAACAGCAAAAAAAUAAAAAUAAUAAUAGAACAAGAAACUUCCGGGACAUCAUCAAGCAUAUUAACAUUUGUACUACAAGCAUACCAGAAAAGAGAGAAAAAGAGGCAGAAAAUUACUUGAAUAACAGAUCACUAUAACCUAGAGAAGGAAAUACCUAGCACCAGGAAGCACAGAAAGCCUCAAACAAUAAAUCCAAAGAGGUCCACAGCAAGACAUACAUUUGGCUCUGGAACAACACAGAUCCACUUACAUGUGUUUUUUCUAUACAGUACAGAACUAUAUUUUCUCUAGCUUUAUUGUGAGAAUACAGUAUGUGAUACAUAUAACAAAAUAUGUGUCAAUCAGCUGUUUAAGGCUUCUGGUCACCAGUAAGCUAUUAGUAGUUAAAUUUGGGGGGAGUCAGAAGUUAUAUGUGGAUUUCUAACUGCACAGGGGGAUUAGUGCCCCUAACCCCUGCACUGUUUAGGGGUCAACUGUAGUUACAAUGUCAAAAAUUAAUGAAACUUUAAAGGCAGGAGAAAAGCAAUAAUAUACAAAGGAAACUCCCACAAGGCUAUCAACAGAUUUUUCAGCAAAAACUAUGCAGGCCAGAAAGGAAUGGUCUGAUCUAUUCAAAGUGCUGAAAAGAAAAAACCUACAGCCAAGAAUACCUGCCAAGAUUAUCAUUCAGAAUUGCAGGAGAAAUAGUUUCCCAAACAAAAGAGUUCAUCACCACUAAACCAUCCUUACAGGAAAUGUUAAAGGGACUUUAAGUGUAAAAGGACGUAACUAGAUGAAAAUGAUGAAAGAAAAAAUUUCAUUGGUAAGAAUAAACAUACAAUAAAGGUAGAUCAUUUAUAAUAGUAUGAAGGUUAAAAGACAAAAGUAGUAUCAUCAAUUAUAUCUACAAUAAUAAGUUAAGAGAUACACAAAAUAAAAAGAUGUAAAGUAUGACACCAAAUACAUAAAAUGUGGAAGGGGAGAACAGUAAAAAUGUAAUGCAUUUAGAAUAUGUUCAAACUUAAGUGACCAUUAAAAUAAAUGCUAUAUACAUUGUUAUAUAUGAACCUCGCAUGGUAACCAAACACCAAAAACCUAAUAGAUACACAAAAAAUAUGAAAGAAUCCAAGCCUGAAAGUCAUCAAACAAGAGAGAACAGAAAAGAAUAAAGACAACCAGAAAACAAUUAAAAUGGAAGUACAGUUGACCCUUGAACAGCAUAUAUUUGAACUCCACAUGGAUUAUUUUCAAGAAGUACAAUACUGUAAAUGUUUUCUAUUCCAUAUGAUUUUUAAAAAAUAUUUAUUUAUUCAUGAGAGACAGAGAGGCAGAGACACAGGCAGAGGGAAAAGCAAGCUCCGUGCAGGGAGCCCGAUUUGGGUCAUGAUCCUGGGACUCCAGGAUCAUGACCUGAGCUGAAGGCAGAUGCUCAACUACUGAGCCAUGCAAUUUCCUAUUCCUUAUGAUUUUACUAUUUUUAACUUACUUUAAUACAGUAUGUAAUACAUCUAUUCUACAAAAUAUGUGUUAAUCAACUGUUUAUGUUACCGAGCAAGGCUUCUGGUAAGCUAUUAAUACUUAAGUUUGGGGGGACUCAAAAGUUCUAUGUGGGUUUUCAACUGCAUGGAGGUCAGUCGGUAUCCCUAACCACCUUGUUCAUGGGCAAAUGUAUUUACUUCUCAAUAAUUACUUUAAAUGUACUAAAUGCUCCAAUCAAAAGAGAGUGAAUGAUUAAAAAAAAAAAAAGACCCAUCCAUAUGAUGCCUGUAAGAGACACUUCAGGCCACAAGAACAAGCAAUCAAAAUUAAAAAUCAGAAAAACCACAAAUACAUUGAUGCUGAACAACACGGUACUAAACCAAUGGAUCAGUGAAGAAACCAAAAAGGAUAAAAACAUACCUUGUGACAAAUAACGGGAACACAACAUUCCAAAAUCUUGGGACACAGAAAAAGCAGUUCUAAGACGGAAAUUUACGGUGAUACAGACCUACCUUAAGAAACAAGAAAAAUCUAACACAAUCUAGCCUUAGAACUAAAGGAACUAGAAAAAGAACAAACAAGCCCAAAGUUAAUGAAACUUUAAAGGCAGGAGAAAACUGCUGUCACGUUAGAAGGAAUGAAAUAAUGAAGAUUAGAGUGGGAGUACAUGAAAUAGAGACCCAAACCAAACCAACAACCCAAUAACAGAAGACCAACGAAUUCUUGAAAAGAUAAAAUUGAUAAACCUUUAAACCACACUCAAGAGAAAGAGUCCUCAGAUAUACAAAAUCAGACAUGGAAGAGAAGUUACAAUUGACACUACAGAAAUAUGAAUUGUAAGAGACUACAAAAAAUUGCAUGCCAACAAACUGGACAACCUAGAAGAAAUGGACAAAUUACUAGGAAUGUACAAUCUCCAAAACUGAAUCAGGAAUAGGAAAUCUGGACAGAAUUGUUACUAGUAAUGACAGUGAAUGAGUAAUCAAAACACUCCCAACAAACAAAAGUCUAGGACCUGAUAGCUUCACAGGUGAAGCCAAACAUUUAAAGAGUUAAUACCUAUCCUCCUCAAUUACUGCAAAAAAUUGAAGGGGAAUGAAUGCUUCCAAAUUUUCUAUGAGGCCAGCGUUACUCUGAUACCAAAACCAGACAAAGAUACUACAGGGAAAAAAAAGCUAAUUAUAGGCCAAUAACAUCCCUGAUCAACACCAAUGCAAAACUCAACAAAAUAUUAGCAAGCCAAAUUCAACAAAACAUUGAAAGGAUUACUCACCAAGAUCAAAUGGAUUUAUUCCAGGGAUGCAAAGAUAGUUCAGUAUCUGCAAAUCAGUGUGACACACUACAUUAACAAAAUGAAGAAUUAAAAAUGAUCAUCUCAUUAGACGCAGAAAAUUUGACAAAAUUCAACACCUAUUCAUGAUAAUAACUCUGAACACAAUGGGUAUAGAAAGAACAUACUUCAUCAUUAUAAAAGCCCAAGCGCCUAACAUACCCCAUCAUGAAAAGCUGAAGGUUUUUCCUCUAAGAUCAGGUACAGGAUAAAGAUGUCUGCUCUCCCCAGGUUUAUUCAACACAGUACAGAGGUCUGAGCCGUAACAAUCAUGUAAGGAAAACAAAAGGCAUCCAGAUUGGUUAAAAGGUAGUAAAACUGUCACUAUUUGCAGGUGACACAAUUUGUGCAGGUCUGCUAUGGGAGGGGAUCUGCAGUCUCAAUGGGAGUUUUAGGUGGGCUGCAGGUCCCUUCCCAGAGCAGACCUACACAAACCCUGCUACACAGAAAACCCUAGAGACCAAAAACCAAAACCAAAAAAAAAAAACCCCAACACCACUAUAAUAAUAAAUGAACUCAGUAAAAGUUGCAAGAUACAGAAUUAAUAAACAGAAACUGUUUCAUUUCCAUACACUAAUAAUGAACUAGCAGGAGGAGAAAUUUUUUAAAUCCCUGUUUAUAACUUCAUUAAAAAGAAGAACGCAGGGCAGAGAAGACUCUCCACAGCUAAAUGUAGAAGAGAGGCCACACUGAAGUGGGUAGGAAAGGGGGGGGAGACCCGGAUGGGAGCUAAACUGACUACAGGACUGUCCAGAGAAGGGAGGGGUGCCACAGACAGGGGAAAGGAGGAGGUCCUCACCCCGAGCAUGGGGAGCCCAGACAGGAAAGAUAAAUCAACUUUUCAUUUAGCUUUGAAAAGCAGGGAGCAUCAUAACUCCACUAGUCCUUACAAUCAGUGCAGCCUGAUGCUUGGGACUUUAAAAAUAGGAGGGCUCAGCUCUGGAAGGACAAUAGGAAAUGGACUCUAUCCUUAAGUAGACCAUACAAGAAACAGCCCCAUGGAGAUAAAACAUAGAAGUAGCAGUUUGAGAAACACCUGGGAUAUACAAUAGGGAGAUUGGUUUACUAAUACAGCAGCAUUUGCUGGAGGGGCAGGGAUCCUUGGGAGACUUCUCCAAGAACAAGGGAGCUGGUGAAUGCCAUCCCCCUCCCCCCUGCCGGAGCCAAACAUACACAGACACCUGUAGGAACCAGCAGAGCACACCAUUUUCCAGGUAGCUUGAUGACAUUGUGCACCCAGCCCCACACUUCUGUGGAUCUACCCACUCCAACCUGGCAGCCUUGGCAGGACUUUUAGGUAGCUGCAGAUCUCUUCCACAGCAGACCUGCACAAACCCUGCUACAACCAUGUGCUCCGGUAUUCUAUGGACCUGCUUCUUCCAAUGCACCAUUGGCCAGAGCCCAUCCAAAGCAGUGCCACAAGCCUGGUAAUGUGCAAGUGGCCCCAACAGGUGCCAGCACCACUCCAAAGUGACUCCUGCCCCAGGGGAGGGGAAGAUAACCCCACACACUAGUCUGUGAUCUCAGCAAUGGGCUAGGAGCAGACAUCUGGUCUGACUGCAGGCCCUGCCCUAUCCACCAACAAAUCUUCUCAGGGGUCAAUGCAAGGAAAAGUGCCUGUAGUUGAGUGCUACUGCAUCUCUGACAAAUCCUUGGUCUGGCUCACCUCAAGCCAGAGGUGGCCCAAGACUUGCCCACUAACACAGAGACCAAACCCUGCCCACAACAGACAACCACUGCUGACAACUGAAGGCAAAAGCAGCUCAGCCACAGUUAACAGGGCUCUCACAUCACACAUAGUAGAAACCCCAGAAGCACCAGAUUCUGGUAAAUGGGACAUUGCAGGACACCACAGGACCGCUUCUUCAUAAGGCCACUACUUUCAAGAACAGAAGAGGUAGCUGACUUUCCUAACACAUAGAAAGAGACACACAGACAAAAUGAGGUGAUAAAGGUGUAUGUCACAAAUGAAAGAACAAGACAAAAUCAUAGCAAGAGAGCUAAACAUAAUGGAGAUAAGUAAUAUAUAUGCCUGAUUAAUAAUUUAAGUAAUAGUUAUAAAGAUACUCACUGGACUAAAGAGUGGAGGACCUCAGGAAGACCCUUAACAAAGAGAGAGAAAACAUAAAAAGAACUAAUCAGAGAUAAAGAACUCAAUAAAUAAAAUGCAUAAUACACUAGAUGGAAUAAAUACAGGAAGUAGAACAGAUCAAUGACUUGGAGGACAGUAAUAGAAAACAAUCAAACAGAACGAGAAAAAAAAUGAAAAUAUACUUAGGGAAUUCAGCAACACUAUCAGCCUAACAAUAUUUGCAUUACAGGAAUCCCAGAAGAAGAAAUACAAAGGGGGGCAGAAAGUUUAUUUUAGGAAAUAGCUGAAAAGUUCCCCAAAUCUGGGGAUGGAAAUGAAUCCAGAUCCAGGAGGCACAGAGAGCCCCUAACAAAAUCAACCCAAGGAAGUCCACACCAAGACACAUGGUAAUUAAAAUGGCAAAGAGUAGUAAUAAAGAGAACUUUAAAAGCCACAAGGGAAAACAGUACAUACAAGGGAAACCCUGUAAGGCAAUUAUAUGAUUUUUCAACAGAAAUGUUUACACGCCAGAGAGGAGUGGCAUGAUAUAUUCAAAGUGCUGAAAGGAUGAAACCUGCAGGGGAUCCCUGGGUGGCGCAGUGGUUUGGCGCCUGCCUUUGGCUCAGGGCGCGAUCCUAGAGACCCGGGAUCGAAUCCCACGUCGGGCUUCCGGUGUAUGGAGCCUGCUUCUCCCUCUGCCUGUGUCUCUGCCUCUCUCUCUCUCUCUGUGACGAUCAUAAAUAAAUAAAAAAUUAAAAAAAAUAAAAAAUAAAAAAAUAAAAAACCUGCAGCCGAGGAUACGCUUUACAGCAAGGUUAUGGUUCAGAAUAAGAGGGUUUCCCAGACAAAAGAUAAAGGAAUUCAUGACCACUACACUAGCUAUAUAAAAAAUGUUAAAGGGAACUCUCUGAAUGGAAAGGAGGGACAAUAAAUAGGAGUAAGAAAAGCAGGAAGCACAAAAGUAGUAAAAUUAAGUGUAUCUAUGAAAAUCAGUCAAGAGAUUCACAAAAUAAAAGGAUAUAAAGUAUGACACUAUAAACUUUAAAUGUGUAUGGGGGAGUAAAUAAUGGAUUCAAACUUAAGGGACUACCAACUUAAUGUAGACUGAUGUAAUGUAUACAUGUUAUAUACAAACCUAAUGGUAACCACAAAUCAAAAAUCAAUACUAGAUAUGCAAAAAAAUAAAGGAAUCCAAGUAUAAAAGCCAGCAAACAGUGAGAAAAGAGAGAAGGAACAGAAAAGAACUUCAUAAAACAAGCAAAAUGGCAAUAAAUACAUAUCUUUCGUGAAUUGCUUAAAAUGCAAGCAGCCCAAAGGUCUAUUGAUAGAUGAAUGGAUAAAGAGGAUGUGACACACACUCAAAUAUUACUCAUCCAUAAAAAGGAAGAAAAUCUUGCCAUAUGCAACAUGGAUGGAUCUGGAGUAUAACACUAAGUGCAGUCAGUCCGAGAAAAGAUAAAUACCGUAUGAUUUCACUCAGAUGUGCAAUUUAAGAAACAAAACAAAUGAACAAAGAAAAAAAGAGACAAAAAAACUAGACCAUGGAGAACUGAUGGUUCCCAGAGGGGAGGUAGAUGGGGCGAUGUGUGAAAAUUGGUGAAGGGGAUUAAGAGUACACUUAUUAUGAGGAGCACUCAGGAAUGUGUAAGAAUUGUUGAUUCACAGUAUCAUACACCUGAACUAAUAUAACACUGUAUGUUAAUUACACUGGAAUGCAUACAUACCUAAGAAUAAAUUUAACCAAGGAGGUGAAAAAACUACACUGAAAAUUAUAAGAUACUGAUGAAAGAAACUGAAGAUCACAUAAAUAAAUGGAAAGAUAUACUAUGCUUGUGGAUUGGAAGAAUUUUGUUAAAAUAGCCACACUACCCAAAGCAAUCUACAGGUUCAGUGCAAUCCCUAUCAAAAUACCAACAGCAUUUUCCACAGAACUAGAACAAAUAAUCCUAUAAUUUGUGUGGAAUCACAAAAGACCCUGAAUAGCCAAAGCAAUCUUGGGAGAGAAAAACAAAGCUGGAGGUAGCACAAUCCCAGAUUUCAAACUACACUACAAAACAGUAAUAAUCAAAGGAUAACGGUACUGGAACAAAAACAGACACAGAUCAAUAGAGAACAGAGAGCCCAGAAAUAAACUCACACUUAUAUGGUCAAUUAAUCUAUGACAAAGGAUCCAACAAUGGUGGGGAAGAGUCUCCUCAAUAAAUGGUGUUGGGCAGAUGCCUGGGUGGCUCAGCGGUUGAGUGUCUGCCUUAGGCUUAGAGUGUGAUCCGAAGGUCAGGGCUCAAGUCCUGCAUUGGGCUCCUUGCAUGGAGCCUUCUUCUCCCUCUAUG